AGUGGUGAGUCUGAUGGGGGCAGGGUCCCGCGAGCCGAGUAGCGAGGCUGUUUACAACGAUCACAUUCAAGGGGAAGUGUUUGGAUGUGCAGACGCGGAGCUGGCCGAUCCCCUGUUGCCACUACAGUGCUGUUUUCACUCACUGAUUGCGGUGCGAGUGGGAAAGAAAGAACAAACUACGCUGAAGUGCGUUCUUGGAAAAAAUAAGAGAGACAGAGAAGAAAGAGAAUAGCUUAGUUGAGCUAAGAAAUUAAAGUUUACUCCCCCAUCCUGCUUUGGAACAUAUCACUCCUUUCGGAUCUGCUUUUCGAAGAACGCCACUUAUUGGGCAGCCCCACGGAAUGGUGGAGGAGAACCCCAGCGUGUGGUAACGUCCUGGGAUGACUGCCUGCCCUGCGCCCCUGACAUCCCCCGGGUCUCCAGGAGCUCAACACAGGGACCCAGCCAGAGGUCGUGUGGGUGGAGCUCUCGGCUACUAUGGCUCUGGUUCAGGCCCUGCCCAUCCCUGCUGAUCGCCACGCCCCCGGCCUCGAAGCCCAGCGCCGCCCCGUCUCGCGCCCGCCCCCGCCCUCGCCCUCGGGCCCCCACGCCGCCAUGGGGUCCGUCAGCAGCCUGAUCUCGGGCCGGGCCUACGCGGAGCACCACUGCCGCCCCGGCGAGCCGGGCGCCCGAUCCCGAAAAGCCGCGCCCGCCGCCAGCUGCUUCCGCACCGCCGGCUCCCAGGAGCACCUGGUGACCGGAGCCCCGCCCGCCCACAAGCAGGCCUCCGCCGCCGCAGCCGCGGGCAACGGCAACGCCAACUACGCCUACCUGAACGAGGACUUCGUCGGGGACUGGAACGACAGCCACGCCGCCCCCGGCAGCCCCGGGAGCGAUCAGGAGGAGGCCCGGGAGGGGGGGGCCUCCAACGGGACCCUGGGGGGCCCCCCGCCAAAGCUGGUUCCCGUGUCGGGGAAGCUAGAGAAGAACAUGGAGAAGACGGUGAUCCGUCCCACCGCCUUCAAGCCCGUGGUGCCCAAGAACCGCGGCUCGGUGCAGUACCUGUCGCCGCGCCCGGGGGGCGCCCUGUCGGAGAGCCAGGGCAGCCUCAACCUCCUGCUCCCGGGGACGGGCGGCUCUCCGGGCGGCGGCAGCGGCCCAGAGAAACGCAACUCCUACAGCGGGGGCGGAGGGCGCGCUGCUGGGGGCAGCCAGUCCUGCUCCAUGUCCGACUCCGGCCGCAACUCCCUGUCCAGCCUGCCCACGUACAGCUCGGCCGGGUACAGCCUGACGCAGGCGGACGCCCCCCACGGGGGGCACCUGGAGCCCUCCCGGGCCGCCCCCGGGCACGGCCACUCCAACUCGGACAGCGGCCGCUCGUCCUCCAGCAAGAGCACGGGCUCGCUGAACGGCCGGGGCCAGCCGCUGUCGGACAGCGGGUCGUGCGGGGGCCGCUCCCCGCCCCCGGUGGAGGGGUACGAGGUGGUGGUGAGGGAGCUGGAGGACAAGCUGAGGGAGAGGGAGCUGGAGCUCCAGCAGCUGAGGGACAACCUGGACGAGAACGAGGCGGCCAUCUGCCAGGUGUACGAGGAGAAGCAGAAGCGCUGCGAGCAGGAGCUGGAGGAGCUGAGGCAGAGCUGCUCCUCCCGGAUGAAGCAGGCGUCCCAGAAGGCCAUGCGCGCCCAGCAGGUGCUGCAGCUCCAGGUGCUGCAGCUGCAGCAGGAGAAGAAGAAGCUGCAGGAGGACUUCUCCCAGCUGCUGCAGGAACGGGAGCUUCUGGAGGACCGCUGCGCCUCCAUCCAGCACGAGCAGACGCAGCUGGGCCCCCGUCUGGAGGAGACCAAGUGGGAGGUGUGUCAGAAGUCUGGGGAGAUCUCCCUGCUGAAGCAGCAGUUGAAGGACAUGCAGGGGGACCUGGGCCAGCGGGCGGGGGAGAUCGUGUCCCUGAAGGCCCAGCUGCGUGAGGCGCGGGGCGAGCUGCAGGCCAGCCAAUCCCGCGCCCAGGAGGCGCAGGCCGCCGCCCGCACGCGCACCCUGGAGCUGGAGGUGUGUGAGAACGAGCUGCAGCGCCGCAAGAGCGAGGCCGAGCUCCUCAGGGAGAAGGUGGGCCGCCUGGAGGAGGAGUCGGCCCGCCUCCGCGACGCCCUGAACGCCGCCAUAGGCCAGGGAGCCGUCGGCCCCGCCCCCACCUUCCCGGGCCCGCCCCACGGGCGGGGCUUGGGCGUGAGCCCCUCCUACCGGGAGGGCGACGAGCAGCUGCUGGCCUACGAGAGCGACGAGGCCAAGGCCCAGCGGCUGGCGGGCGACGCCCUGCUGGGCCUGAGGCAGCAGGCCGAGCGGCUGAAGGCGGAGCUGGCGUUCGAGCGUCGCCGCGGCGAGGACCAGCUGACCACCUUCGAGGACGAGCGGCGGGUGUGGCAGGAGGAGAAGGAGAAGGUGAUCCGCUACCAGAAGCAGCUGCAGCAGAACUACGUCCAGAUGUACCGCCGCAACCGCGAGCUGGAGCGGGUCAUGCGCGAGCUCAGCCUCGAGCUGGAGACCCGGGACCUGGAGGAGGUCGAGGGGCCCGGGAACGAGAUCCACUUCGAGGAGAUAACCGCCACGGAGAUCUGACCGUUAUUCCAGAAUGUUCUAGAGCUGUAGCUGUUCUUAGAAGACCCGUCUGUGUCACAGA